CAACAAACCAUCAGCUAGGUCAUUCCGUAUCGGUAUGACUCUACAGUCAUAGAUAAUCUUUGCGCUGAUGGUGGGUACACUAUACCUACACAAUCAUCAUCAUCAUCUACGGCUCAUAUAAAGCUUUGUAGAACGCUUUACACAACUCAUAAAUAUGUUCUAAGCGGCAGUUACAAAGCAACCGAUAAAUAAAUUGAGCGAUUCAUGUAUUAAACAACCAAUGAAUCCGGUGAUAUAACAGUUCAAAAAUUGAUAUCCGAUUUUAUUGCAUUUUACUUCAUUAAUUGCUUUAACUUCAUGUAGAAUAACCUAACUUGUCCAAAUAUGGGCCAUUAUUGAUAGACAAUAUAAACAAAUUUGUUAGUUUGUGAAGAUGCACUUCACAAAAUGUUACAGUUAGUUAAACAUGUUUUCAAAAGUGAAAAUUGUGUCUGUCCUGAUUAGAGUAGGGUGGGGUAAGAUGAGCAACUUGAGGAUCACGUGGAGUUUAUUGAAAGAGAAUGCAAUUUUUCAAAGUACAAAAAUGACAUUGACACAUUCUACGGGCCCCGUAUCAUCAAUACCAAUUUUUCAAAGUUGAGUUAUGGUAUAUUUGUGUUGAGAACCACUGGACAUCUCUCAACUCUCGCCGCUCUGCUUGCUCGCCGAUAGCAUUUCAAUAUGCGAUCGGUUGAUGCACAAAAGCAGACAUUAUAAUUAGAAGUAUUGUAGUCGUCAUCUUGUACAUACGUGUCGCGUUUUACAAUGUAAUGUUCAAUGUCCAAUAAAGUUACGUUUUAAUAUGUUUUCCGUUUACACCUGGAGUUUCAAUACACUGCAAUGUGUCUCGGCCACCCCAAACUCCAGGUUGUAAAAGUGGCGACGAGAAACCCGUGCGUGCAGUGAGGAGCCGCGACGCGAUCAUUUUUCCGCGGAGAGAAGAUGGGGAGUGAUCAAGCCCAGCGCCAGCCUUCAGUGUCAUCGGCUGGACAGAACCUGCAUCAGCAUCAAGUGGGUCAGUGGCUACACUCGCCGGUUCUGCCAUCAAUACACCAGAACCAGAACACUCCAUCAUUCUCAUCAUCGUCAUCACAUCAACCCGUGGAAAUUCAUCCUCUACAGCACCAUAACAUCUAUCAAAAUCAGUACAGUCACUCGCAUCAACCGCCAGCUGGAUUCAAUGGGCCAUUCAGCAGUCCGCCAUUGUGUCAUGCGCAGCCAACAGUGGUACAACAAACACCACUGCCACUUUCGACCGUCCAGUUUCCACCCGGUCAGAAGCAGUCGGAACAGUCCCUCCAGCAGAUGCGAGAAGCCGGUGAAAGGUUCUUCGAAAGUAUGCAACAACUGCUGCAGCUUCAGUAUCAACAUACUAUGGAAUCAAUAAAUCAGCAAUUCCAUCUAAUCUCGCUGUAUUGGAGUACCCGGCAACAACCACACAAUUCCCAACCGCAUCCAAAUGUCGUCGAUACUACGGCGGCAAUAAACGAACAGCAUCAGCAACAGUCUUCAAUGGACCAGCUGUGUGUUCCCACGCCGACGACGCGGCCGACGACUCAGUGUGAUCAACAGCAGCAGCACAAAAGAGGACCGAUAUUUUCUCUUGCCGUUGCCGUACCUACACCCGGGGGUAGCAAUGAAAUUGGAUUUGAAUACGCUUUGCAGAGCACGCAGGCAGCAGAGGUGUUCAAUUCAUGCGAGAUCAGAUCACUUCGGGAGGUGCUAAUUAAAUUCAAUCAACAUCAAGCAGUCAGCACCAAAAGCGUUGUUGAGUCCAUCGUUAAUUUGUUUCAUCAGUCAGAUCUGAAAUUUGGCCAACAUUUUCUUGAUCGGAAUGGACAUCGGAUGGAUUCAACAAGUGGACGUGCAUCGGUAUACAGCGAUAUCUUUAAAUGGAUGAUCAACCAUGGUAGAACCAGGAUCAAGCUCCGAUGAUCGAACAGCAACUCUCGUCAACAAGAUCAUCGACCACGCUAUCUACACUGUCCACCAUCAUCGAUCUUCCCACGUCCGAAGACCGCUGCUAUGGAAACACCGUCAACGAUUCAGCGGGGGAGAUGUUGAGAACCACUGGACAUCUCUCAACUCUCGCCGCUCUGCUUGCUCGCCGAUAGCAUUUCAAUAUGCGAUCGGUUGAUGCACAAAAGCAGACAUUAUAAUUAGAAGUAUUGUAGUCGUCAUCUUGUACAUACGUGUCGCGUUUUACAAUGUAAUGUUCAAUGUCCAAUAAAGUUACGUUUUAAUAUGUUUUCCGUUUACACCUGGAGUUUCAAUACACUGCAAUGUGUCUCGGCCACCCCAAACUCCAGGUUGUAAAAAUUUGAAAUUUUUAUCACAUUCUACAUUACUUUUGCCAUCCAAAAAUGUAUUCGACAUGAUAUUAGUAUGACAAUAAAUAUAAGUUGAACGACGAUUAAGAUUAACAUUAAAAUCGCGAUUUUAAGUCAUUUAGGCACACUUUUCAUCCAAACUGUCGUAUUUUAAACACCAACACACUGGUUUUUCAAAAGUCUUCCAUCAUUUGUAGAUAAAUGUAUAUAGAUUUUUUAACAUAAAAAGAUUUUCAAUCGGAAGACUUUACAACUCUGAAAUAUGGCUGAUCAUAGUAUGGGUUUUUAUUGCGUUGUAACGUCACAAAAAAUCAACAUUUUUAAAUUUUAUUCAAAUAUGGAAAAUGUUACAAAUAUGAAAUUUCGUAUGCUCUUUGUACUCGAAAAGAUCUUUCAAAUGAGACUAAAAGAAAGAAAAUCGGUUUACGGAAGCCUGAGUUUCACCUGGUUGAAGUUUGCGUUGUAACGUCACGAAAAAAAGUUCUGUGGAAAAGACCAAAUCUUUCUGGCUUGGACGGCUUCUGAAUUGGACAAACGUAGUUCUAUAUUCAAAACAGUUUCGUUCUCGUUGUGUAUGAGCUCUUUUUCAAGAUAUCGUUUAUAAAUUGCGUACCAUUGCCCGUUCAUAAACAACGUAGACUUUUUAAGGACGGGGGAGAUGGUGUUUGGCCAAAAUCUACGAUGUAAUUGUACUGUGAUAUUGUAAAAUAUUUUAAUCGUAAUAAAAUAUCAUUCAAACCGAAAAUCUCUGUGAUAUCAGUUGUAACCGUUCGGUUCCAAAAGGCAUAUUUGCUGACUCCACCGCAAAUCCCAAUUAUUUGUCCCACCCUAGAAUUCCAAAAUGACAGCAUAGAGUGAGGGAUCAAUCACGCAAUUCGUUUGACAUGUGAGGCACUCACGCUCUUUUUCCACUCAUUUCUCUGAAGAGUGAUACUACUUUGCAGCAGUUUGAUCAAUGUGUCAUGACAAACGCUUGCCCAAUGUAUCAUGAUUUGAUACAUAGAUGGUGCUAAUGUAAUUGCACGGGUUUACAUUAAAAGGUGAGGCUUUCCCUAUGUAUGCAAAUAUCAUGUUUGUUUGGAAUGUUAUUUGUACUCCGUCCUUACAAUUUAGCUUAUAAAUACUCAGCCAUUGCCAAGAAAGCUUCUUUUCUGUUCCAACCAGUGGAAGAUUUAGAAGUGCGCGUCGUGUGUAGUUCAAGCGUUAAAAAGUAAAAUUGUUAUAUUCCUAUGUGUUAAAACUUAUUAAUUAAUGUGUUGCUUUUUAUAGAAGAUAAAACUAGUUGUCCUUAAAAACUAGUAGUACGGGCAAAAGUACGAAAAAGUCCGAUAAUCGAUGGAAAAUUUACAAUACGUCCUUUGCUGAAAAUGUGCCCGACCGAAAAUGUUUUGUGAAAUGUAUGAAAAAGCUUAAAAAGAGAAAGGUAAAUUGUGCAAAAUGAAUUGUAAUUGUGCAAGUGGUAGAAGAUGGCGUCGCAUUAGGGUGCUAAUCACUGUGAAUAGGUCCGCAAGCGGGCCUUUCUCUUCUUUCUUUUCUUUCUUCGGAACAAGUUCCGAAAACCGCAGGACGGCCGAGGUGACAACACCCCCCCCCCCCCUCCUGCUUCGUGCAAGCGCACCUUCCUUCCGUUACGCCAAAGUUGGACAGAAACCCGUUGGCCCAUCCGUCAUAACGGCCACUUUCAUCCAUUGCCCGGUCGAAGACCGGAAACCGCAAAUUGGCCUGUGGUAAGCCAUCCGAUAUUCUGGCCAUCACCACUGCCCAACAGCUGCGAAGCGACCGUCAAGCCGCCAUCUUCCGAACAAUUUGCGACGUUCCAUCUCCAUUGUUCGGCAACCCGGGAAGAAUUGGAUCUUCAUACAACGGCCAUCUUGGAAAGCCUACUUUCGGCUACCUACGAACACCCGGAAGUGCCCGAUGCCAUCACCAACCAACUCUCCAGGCUUACACCGAUACACCGCUACCACCAUGGAUCCGGAUCCCACCGAAAACAAGCGCAAGUACCCUAUGUGACGUCAGUGUGAGAAAUAGGAGCCAGGACUAAUAAAUAGUUUGUUAAGUUGAUAUUUGUGGUAGCGAUUCUUUUAUAAAACCGCAGCCCUUGAUUAAUAAGUUUGCACCACUUUCCUCUUUGUUCGUUUUCCGUGUUCCAAAAGGGAACAUCCAUGCCUCGUCCUCCA